UAUCACCAGAGAAACCAUCGACUAACAUGGAGGAAUAAAAUGAGACAUGCAUCCAAAACAACCGCGGAUACGGAGACCCUCGCCUUAAUUCGUACAUUACGACUCGUAUCGCAGCGUAGUUAGCAGGGCGGAAGAGAAAGAGGGUCGAUCAUGGGGAACGAAGCGAGCGCGGAAGGCGAAGAGGGCGCGCUCGCUGGAUUACCCGCGGGACUUGCACCCGAUGGGAAGGGUGGCUUCAUCCAGAUGCCCUCGGGAGAGGAGGCAGACCUGAGCAAUCUGUCCGAGGAGGAGAGAAAGCAGCUUGUGGCCGCAAUGGCCAAAGCGCAGUCCAGACCACCAGAGACUCAAGCCAGUGGCACCAGAGGCCCGGCGGGUCUCAGUAAGAGUCGUACUGUAGAUGCAUUUGGAGAGGGGCCGCCUCCCAAGCCAAAGCCUGGACGGAGCCCCUCCUCUCUCAGCCUCCUUGAGUCACGUUUUCGGCAGGAGCCCAAAGACCUCGAACAGCCACGAACCGGCAUGUUUUCAUCUGGCUUCCUGAGCGGGGUCUCUUCUGCCGUCUCCUCUGCCAGCAUCCCAAAGUUUAGCCUUUUUGGUGAUGACGAUGAGGACAUUGGGGCUGCCAAACAGGAAGGAAAGGGUCCUCCACAACAAGGGGGUAAGCCACCUCAACAAGGGCCUAAACCAGGUGGACCAGGACCUCAACAGCAAGGGGCUAAACCUGGUGGACCAGGACCUCAACAGCAAGGGGCUAAACCUGGUGGACCAGGACCUCAACAGCAAGGGGGUAAACCUAGUGGACCAGGACCUCAACAGCAAGGGGCUAAACCUGGUGGACCAGGACCUCAACAGCAAGGGGCUAAACCUGGUGGACCAGGACCUCAACAGCAAGGGGGUAAACCUAGUGGACCAGGACCUCAACAGCAAGGGGCUAAACCUGGUGGACCAGGACCUCAACAGCAAGGAAUUAAACCUGGUGGACCAGGACUUCAACAGCAAGGGCCUAAACCUGGUGGACCAGGACCUCAACAGCAAGGACCUAAACCUGGAGGUCCAGGGUCCCAGCAACAAGGGCCUGGUAAACCUGGCCCAGUGGGGCCAGGAAAACCCAGUGGACAUGGAUCUCAGCAGCAGGGUAAAUCAGGGCCAGGGGCUCAAGCAGAAGGGUCUGAGAAGGCUGGUCCUGCCCAGCUGAAAGUUGGCGGGACAAUGUGUCCUCUUUGUAAGUCUACAGAACUCAAUGUGCAGGCCAAGGACCAGCCACCGAACUAUAACACCUGCACACAGUGCAAACAGCAGGUGUGCAGCCUGUGUGGCUUCAGUCCUCCAGAUUCUGCGGGUAAAGAAUGGUUGUGUCUAAACUGUCAGAUGCAGCGGGCGGUGGGGGGCAUGGAGCCCCCUGGGCCUCCCAUGAUGAAACAGCCGCCCAAACAGAGCUCAGCCCCUCCCUCUCCACAAAAAAAGGAGCCACCAUCUGGGUCACCUUUCAAGAGUGAGCCAGGUAAGAAGCCCCCAAUGCUGACCAAACAACAGAGUAUUGCUGAGAUGGGGAAAGGGACUACACCACCUGCAACACCAAAAUCUGGAACAGCGACACAGCAGGGACCGCAGCCUGGACCAGCGGUGGCCAGACGUGGACAGCCUCCUCCCCUUCAGAAACCGUCACAAAGCCCGAAGGGUAGUCCUCAGCCUUCUCCUGCAAAAACUACACCAAAACAAGACGGAGGUGGCUUCUUUGGGGGGUUUGGUCUUGGGGGUUUGACGGAGGUAGUAACAAAACCCUCUGCGGGUGCCCAGGCUACAGAGUCAGUCACAGGGAAACUUUUUGGUAGUUUUGGCGGGGCGUCCAAACCGCAGGGUGGCUCCACAGCUCAGGCCAGCGAGUCGGUCACUGGGAAACUUUUUAGUGGGUUUACUGGUCUCACAGAGACACCGAAGCCUCCGCCUACUUCUCAGUCAACUGAGAGCGUGUCUGGAAAGAUGUUUGGUUUCGGCUCAUCCUUUCUGAGCUCUGCCACCAAUCUAAUCACUGGGGAGGAACCAAAGUCUCCUCCGGGAUCACCCCCUGAUUCCCCCAUUGGGUCCGGUGCAGAGUCCCCUCCUGGAUCUCCCCCUGACUCCGGCUCAGACUCGCCUCCCGAUACUCCUCCUGCUUAUUCCAAAGACCCAGCAUCUCCAAAACCUGCGGCUGCUGACAGAAAAAACUUAGCAGAUGGAUCCUCUUUAAAAUCGAUUAAAGCAGAGGAGCCUUCAACUCAUGGCCAGUCCUGCUGUCCUCUCUGUAAAGUGCAGCUGAAUGUGGGAUCUGUGGACACGCCCAACUACAGCACAUGUACAGAGUGCCAGAAGAUUGUGUGCAAUCUGUGCGGAUUUAACCCCACUCCACAUCUUUCAGAGAAAGAAUGGCUCUGUCUAAACUGCCAGACUCAAAGGGCUCUCUCCGGGCAACUUGGGGAUAUGCCACCUCCACCUUCUCCAUCCAAACUGCCAGCCAAACCCGAAACCACCCAUCCCUCCUCCCCAGCCCUUGCUGCUUCCACCACCCCUUCCUCUCCUGCACCCACUGCCACUGCCUCCGCUGCCAAAGGGCUAACGCAGACGCCCAUCAUAACUCAGGCUUCAGCUGACAAGGCUGAACCCGUCUCAGCCAAAGUUGAUGCUAUAGAUGUCAAAAAUACAGAUGCGGUUAAAGAGGUCACGACACAAGAAAGCACAAAGGGAAAGGACGAGCCUGCUUUCCUAGUAAAAGAGAAUGAGCUGUUAAAGGAACUGGAUGAGAAAGACAGAGAAAGCAGCCCCUCAAGUCUCUCAGCCCUGGCCAAGUUGGAAAGCACUGUCCUUCCAAUACUAAAAGGUCAGGGAACAACUGAAGAGGAACCACAGCCUGAAACUCAGAAGGUCAAGCGUCGACUAGAGGUGUUGCCAAUGUCUCCAGAACCCAGUUCAGAAGAUGACCAACAUGAGGAAAAUGACGAUGUUCCAAAAAAAGAGCGGAAAAAACUUCUUGUUCCAAUAGAUAUCCAAGGAGAUUCUUUUGUGGACAGUAGUGAUGGAGAGCCUUCACCUGAACUCCAGAGUACAAAGAGUGUUGGAGUUAAAGUGGAAAUGGAACGUCCAGGUUCUGUGAAUGAAAAAGAGUUUAUUCGAAAGCAGAUUGUUGAUAUGAGUGCAGACGAGGAUGCAUCACCGUCUGAUGAACAAAACCUAGUCAGACUGAAAACUAAAGAUCAAGAGAAGAAGGAUGAUAAAGACGAAAUUGAGUCAGCCAGGUCAAGACGUCUUCUCAAAAAGAGCAGUUUUAGUCCAGAAGAUGAGUCGGAUGAGCGGAAGAGCAUUAUUUCUGUGACUAAAAUUGAGGAACUAGACAAAGGAGAACAACCUUCAGUAGACAGUGGAACUGGCAUUCGUCAUUUCAAAACAAUUGAACUUAACAGUACAGCAACUGUACGCCAGACAUCUGAUGAUGGUGAACCAGAGAGUCUUACAGACUCUCCUGAUGAUAGGUCUAGAGGUGAAGGCUCUUCUAGCUUACAUGCAUCCAGUUUUACACCAGGGACAUCUCCAACAUCAUUGUCUUCUCUUGAUGAAGACAGUGACAGCAGCAGCCCAAGUAAUGUUCGGUCUAGUGGUGAGGGCAAGCAGCACAGGAAAGCAAAGCAUCGGCAAACAGGCCAAAUGCUUCCCACAAUUGAGGAUUCAUCUGAGGAAGAAGAGCUGCGAGAGGAAGAGGAGCUUCUGAGAGAACAGGAAAAGCAAAAGGGCACAGGAAAAAAGUCAAGGAAGGACAAAGAGGAUAUACGGGCACAUAGAAGAAGAGAGAGGCCCAAAACUCCACCAAGCAAUCUCUCACCAAUUGAGGAUGCAUCUCCCACAGAAGAGCUAAGGCAGGAAGCAGAGAUGGAGGAGUUUCGCAGGUCUUCCUGCUCCGACCUCUCACAAAGCAUCGACUCGGAUCCAGAGAGCUUUGAGAUACUCCCAGAGAAGAUUGUUGCUGUCCAAAAAGUCUAUCAGUUACCAAAAUCAGUGUCCCUGUACUCUCCAACAGACGAGCAUCAUGUUGAUAUUAAUUCCCAAGAAAAGGAAACACGUUCAUUAAAAAGUGCAGAUGAGGCAUAUGAAGAGAUCAUGCUUAAGGCCAAAUCUCCAUCUACUGAUGUAAAGAAACCCCCACCUGGAAAAGAAUCUCUUUAUGGGGGCAUGUUAAUUGAGGAUUAUGCUUAUGAGUCUCUUGUUGAUGAUGGAUCAUGUGAGAAGGAACCAGAUAAUCUUCUUGUCUCUCACAAACCCAAAAAACCCUUAAGAUCUCCUGAUGAAGUUUAUGAAGACAUGAUGCAAAGAAAGAAAGAUAUACUGCUUAAAGAACAGGAGGUAACACAAGAUAAGCCAAAAGUGGAAGUUCCUAAACCAGAAAUUCCAUUCUCCUGUACUGACACAAAUAAAGACAUCUCAUCAGAAGUCACCAGCCAGUCUGGUAAGGAUAGAAAACCAUUAUUAGAUGCAGAGGCAGCCUAUGAAGAACUUAUGAAGAAACAAAGAGCAGUGCUGACUCCAGGAACCAGUCCAACUCAAGCAGGCCCUGACAUAAGUGGCAUGACACAAGAAACAAGAGCAGCCCAAGUUGAGACAACAGAGACAGCCCCUCUACGAAGAAUAUUGCAUAUACCUGAUCUGAGAGUGACACAGUGUUCAUCAGGUGAAGAGGAAUCUAGUGAAGAGAGUACUGCUGACCAGACACAGGACUCUGAGACAGCUGCAGUUUCAGCUACAGAACCACUUGUUGAUGAAGGUUUUCAAGAAACAUUACACUCUGUUAUAGCCUUAGAUCAGGGACUAGAAGAAUUGUCAUUAAAAAGAGAUACAACAUUGCCUGCAGGAUUAUCUGAUUUGCAGGAUGCCACUGAGAAAAAUCAAGAUACUGACCAAACAGGUGUGGUUGACUUGUCAUCAACCUCAAGUCAAAUUGACUCUUUUCCCACACCAGUUUCUGGUGUAAUUUCAAGACCGUCACCCCCAGUAGUUGUAAGUGUUUCACCUUUGCCCACUGUACCUCAAUAUGUAGUAUCUUCUGUACCUAGUGUUAUAUCAACUGCUCCACCUGUUCCUCCCAAACCAGUAGUUUUGCGUAGAGCUGCAUCUCUGGAAAAAACUGACAUUCCAGUUCCUCCCCCCCUACCCCCUCCAAUACUACCCAAACCCUCUGUUUAUCCCAGAAAGACUCCCCCACAGGUCCCCCCAAGAACUGCUCCAGUUGGCAUGUCAACAUCAGUGGACAGUGUACCAGUAAAACAGCCUUUUGCUCCAACCUACAAGACACAUGUUCCUCCUCCUGUACCACCAAAGCCAUCCUCCAUACCUGCAGGCCUGACCUUCAGUCACAAACCAGGGGAAACUAUAAAACCACCCAUAGCUCCCAAACCUAUACAUGGUGCUCAGCCACCUUUUACAGCCCAUGCUCCAGUAAGACCUACCAUACUAGGGACAAGCAGUGCAGAAAGUGUCCUUAAUCUUAGUCCUUCUCCCGAGAGUAAUACUUGUACCACUUCUCCGCUUAAGUCCCCUUCAUCACCCAGAUUUAGCAAGGUUUUACGUGACACAUAUGUUGUUAUUACAUUACCAUCUCAGCCUGGUUCACCUACAGACAGUAUCACAACACAAGCCCCAAGUCCUGGGCAAGAUUCACCUCAGAAACAGCCUCUCUCAUAUGCCCAGACUCAACCACCUCCACAGCCACAAACAACUAGAGUGCCACUGGCAUUUACCCGAAUUACUGAAUCUAUUGAAAGUCAAGAAAUAUGUAGUCCAGAAAAGGUAGUUUCUAGCAUGAGCCAUGUCUAUGAAGCUUUUUCAGCCACAACACAGCCUCAAUCAAUAAUUCCACAUGUUGAUGUUCAGGUAGUUACAACUGAGGUCCAAAGGACCACCGUGUCUGUUGUGCAUGAAAUAAGUCCUCCCCCAUGUCCUGUCGCAGUAGCCACUGGCAUCCCUGCUGUUCACGAAAGCAUGAAACCUGAAUUAGUUCAAGUACAGAAUGGCCAGGUCUACCAUCCUAGCGAGGUGGUGGAUCUUCGAACCCCAAAAACAGAACCAGAGACAUUCAUGAAGGGUGUGGAUCUGUCUUCCUCUGAGGCAAGACUUCAGCCCUUUGCCAUUGAUGGUGGUGGACGUCAACAAAGUGCGGUGCAAUCAUCUGUAGUAAACCUAAGCACGGAUAGUUCCUCAGUGUCUGUAGUUACUGACAGCAUCACUAUCCUCACAUGCACAGCCACUGUAUCUUAUGGCAAUGAUACAUCUCAGUCCACAUCAACGCCUCUCCAACUCACAACAGGGAAAUCCUUUGAGCCUGUAUCUCAAAUUAUUUACAGACCUGUGGAGUCUCAGCCAGAGAAACCCAUAAAUCUCUCCACAACAGUCGGUAAAACUCCUCAUACUCCUGUAACAAUAGCUCCUACAAUUACAAAUAAUGGCAUUAAUGGACUAGACACAGGCUUAUCAGGUGCAGUUGACCUUACAACUAUUAAACCUGCACAGACCAUAGUUACAAUGAAUGGCUCCACUGCAGAGAUGGUUACUGCUUUAAUUACGGAGGAUGAUGUUAAACCAGUAGAUCUGACUGCAGGAAAAAGAACAGUAUGCUGUGAUGUAGUCUAUAAGCUUCCUUUUGCAGGGAGCUGUGCAACUGAGCAGCCCUCAGCCCCAUUACCAGAGGAUCGUUUUGGCUACAGGGAUGACCACUAUCAAUAUGACCGUACUCCUUAUGGCAUGAGAGGUCUUGGUGGAAUUAAACCCUCCAUGUCUGACACAAACUUGGCUGAGGCUGGUCUCUUCCUGUAUAAAAGUAAGCAUAGUUAUGAUUACAAGGAGGCAACAGAAGGUGCUGUAGAUCUGACAUCUGGAAAAAUGUCUGUGUCAGGUGAAGCUGUGGACUACUCAAGCAAAACUAAAGGAGUGUGCACUGGAAUGACAAUUCCACAGUACACACAAGCCAGGAUUACAUCAGCAGCUGGAACCCAUUAUGGGGUUUCUAGUGUCCUAAGAUCUUCCAAUGGCAUAGUUUAUUCUUCUGUUGCAGCACCAGUCCCUUCUACAUAUGCUAUAACCACCCAGCCUGGUUCUAUCUUUAGCACAUCUUACAAUUCUCUGUCAGGCAUGCACACAAGUGAUACCAUGCCAUCAUUGUCAACUCUACAGAAUCAGCCUCUCACUAGGUCUCAAACUUUUUUGUCAACCAUUGCUGUAACAACAGCAGAGGAACAGAACCAUUUGCCUUUGAAUCUGGAGGUUGGUGUUUCAAAAGCUGGCCUUUCCACAUCUUUCUCAGAUGAAGUUACGACAGUCACCACGGUGACAGCCUUGGACACCUACACAAAUGCUUCAUUAGAUGCAAUUGCAGCCUCCUUAGAGGCUCUGUCUUCACCCAUGGUUCCAGGAGAUGGACAGUACCAGAUGGAGCGUGAGCUGCUUGAACUAGAGAAGAUGAAACAGCAACGUUUGGCUGAAGAACUUGAGUGGGAGAGGCAGGAGAUUCAGAGGUUCCGUGAACAGGAACAGCUUCUUGUGCAGAAAGAGCUGGAAGAACUUCAGGCCAUGAAACAACAUAUUUUAUGUCAGCAGGAAGAGGAGAGACAGGCCCACCUCCUAAUGCAAAAGGAGACUUAUGCUCAGCAACAGGAGCAGUUGGAGCAGAUUCAGAGGCUUCAAGAGCAGCUCAGACAACAGCUGGAGGAGCAAAAGUUCAGGCAAAUGUAUCCUGGUGAGAUCUUGCCAGAACCUCUCGCUGUUGUAGGAGAAAGAAAGAUGGACAGUGGCUGCCAGACUGAUGAGGAGGAUAAUACUGAAAAGGCUUACACUGUAGGAAGGAAGAAGAAAAGUGCAAAGAAAAGUGUUGAUAGCUGUGUACAGACAGAUGAUGAGGACCAGGAAGAAUGGGAAUCCCCAGCACGAGGCAGGCGUAGUAGACCACGUGGUGGUAAAAAUGGAAUGGGUGAACGAGGAGGGGUUUCAGUUCAGGCUUUAACUGAAAUCUCUGUACAAACAGAGUCCUCAGGAACACUUAGAGGGCACUCCGUACAGGUAGACGCUAGAGUAGAUUAUCCUGACUCUGAUAGAACUUCCUCUCCAAAGAGACGCCCCAUUCCACUUGAUAUAGGCCAGUCCCCUCACCUUAAAGCAGAUGCUUCUACUCUUCAGCUUGCCCCAGGUCCACCCAAAUCCCCAAAAGUGUUGUACUCUCCUAUUUCCCCUUGUGUAUCUCCUAGCAAAUCCCUUGAGUAUUUGUCCUAUGACAAAUCCCUUGGAGAGACAAGCCCGCAAAGGAUACGCUCUGCCACAGAUCUUUCCAAAGCCCCACCAACAAGUCCUAGGGCUCCCAAGGUCAUACAGAGGUCAAUGUCUGACCCCAAACCCAUGAGCCCAACUGCAGAAGAAAGGGCUGCAACAAAUUUCCAGUAUUCUGAAGGCUACUCUGAAAAGGGAUCUCCUAACAGAACUCCAUCUGGCACCCAGAAGAAAGUCAAGAGGACACUUCCUAACCCACCCUCAGAGGAAGAAGCCACUAAUGGUAGCCAAACAGCCUACAGCUCUGGCUCAGCUCGCCGUCGCCUCUGCCGGAGCACCAACAUGGCACGUGCAAAAAUCCUCCAGGACAUUGACCGUGAACUGGACCUUGUUGAAAGAGAGUCCUCAAAACUACGUAAAAAGCAGGCUGAACUGGAUGAGGAGGAAAAGGAGAUUGAUGCCAAGCUGCGUUACUUGGAGAUGGGAAUUAACCGGCGAAAGGAUGCAUUGUUAAAAGAAAGGGAGAAGAGAGAAAGAGCCUAUUUGCAAAGUGUUGCAGAGGAUCGCGACUACAUGUCUGACAGUGAGGUGAGUAACAUACGUGAGACAAGAGGUGGAGAAGAAAUCAGUGGACAUGGACUAGAGAGACCACGUACAGCACCACAGUCAGAACUUGAUGACUUUGUUCCUCCACAGACCACACACGAUGUCCAAUAUGGAAAGUAUUCCCAGUACCAGUAUCCACAGUACCAGCAGUCCCUGUACCAGCCUCAGUCUUCAUACCACUCUCAAUCCCUCUACUCUUCUGUUCCUUCUCUAACCGCCUCACAACAGCAGAGCUACCACCAAAUGCUCUUGUUGCAGCAGAAAGCCAGACAACAAGCUGCUCUCCUCUCUGAACUAGAUUCCACCAAAAUUGCCACAAAAUAUGACACCACAUCUUAUAUGGGAGGAACCUAUAGCAACCAUCUUGACCUCCAUAGCUUAGAGGACCGUACUGGCAGCUUGGCAGUCAGUCCUAUGUCCAAUGUGUCUGCUGACUCCUUCUAUGCAGACUUGGAUCAACAUCAAACACCAAGGAGCUAUAUGCUUUUAGAAGACGCAGCAGAACUUGCAAAAAGCACCAGUAGCCUUUCAUCCACCAGCUAUGGCAUUGCUGAGAGGGAGCUGGCCAAAGCAGAGCGACUUCUGAGACGUACUGCUGCAGAUGUUGGUACAGACUAUCUGGGCACAUCCUCCAGAAUUCACUCCUAUGGUAAAGCACAGGAUGAAGAUGACCCAAUGGAAGAUCCUUUUGAACUGAAGCUUUUAAAACAACAACUAAAGCAAGAGUUCAGGAGAAGCACAGGGGGUACUGAAAGCUUAGAGCAGCUUGCUGGACUCUCCCAUUCUUAUUCUUCAAGCACUGGAGUGUCAAGUGGAGCCUACAGGGGCUUUCCUAAAACUGAGAAGUACAGCAUCAGUAGAUUGACCUUAGAAAAGCAGGCUGCCAAGCAACUCCCAACAUCUGUGCUCUACCAGAAACACAAAACCACCAGCAACAUUGGCAAAUAUUCUUCCUCCCUCCAAGAUAGCAGAAGUCUAGAAACAGACUAUAGCAGUUACUUGGGGUCCAGUAGUGCUUCAUCAAGAUCAAGCAGACUUUUACAGGAUGAAAUCACUUUUGGCCUCCGAAAGAAUAUUGCAGAACAGCAAAAAUACCUGGGGUCCACACUUGGAGCCAAUUUGGCAGGUUCACUCAAUCUGGGCCAAAGCCUGAAUCUAAGCCCUGGUAUGAGGUCAUCUUUAGUAGAAGACUCCUCUUACCCCAGUGGAAGCAGAUCACGUCCCUCCUCUAGACCCUCCUCUGUGUACGGCCUCGACUUGUCCAUUAAAAGGGACACUUCAAGCUCUUCUUUGAGACUCAAAGCAGAAGGUGACCCCUCCUCUGAGACCUCAGCUUUUCAGACUCCAUCAGGCAGGACAAAACCUACAAGCUUAGCUAUUGGACAGGGUGGACGUGGGCGUAUCCCUAUUGUGGCACAAAACUCUGAGGAAGAGAGCCCACUGAGUCCAGUGGGUCAGCCAAUGGGAAUGGCACGAGCAUCCGCAGGUCCGCUCCCUCCCAUUUCUGCGGACUCUCGUGAUCAGUUUGGAUCAUGCCUCUCACUCCAGGAUCCUCAACAGCAGCAUCUCCGAGAUGAUCCUUCAAGAGGACGUGGAUAUGUGCUAAUGGAUGAUCUGCAGGGCACCAUGUCAGAUAGUGAAGCACUAAGUGAAUCCCUGAUGGGUUUGAGCAGAGACGAUCCAGGAAACUCACAUGAGAAUGUCACCAACGCAUACCAUCUGCGUCGAGAGGAGACGGACUGGUUUGACAAACCACGAGAUGGACGCACAGAGAACGGACAAGGGGUGGAGAGAAGACAGGGAAAGUCGUCACAGUACCCGUUUCCUCAUGCCAGAGUAAAACUCCAGAAGGAUCCCAAAGAUCGUAGUGUGUCAGGAAACGGACUGGGUAUCCGUGUGGUCGGAGGAAAAGAGGUGCCGGGAAGCAACGGGGACAUCGGUGCGUACGUAGCCAAGGUACUGCCUGGAGGAGCUGCAGAACAGACAGGAAACAUUGUGGAAGGAAUGCAAAUUUUGGAGUGGAACGGCAUUUUCUUGACUGGUAAGACGUACGAGGAAGUCCAGGGUCUGGUUGGUCAUCAGGUCGGAGAGGCGGAGUUAUGCAUCAGGCUGGAUAUAAAUAUGCUGUCUGAAUCUGAAAGCUCGCACCUCGACUUUCAAGACCAGACCAAAGGUGACCGACCUCCACGUUCCCCAGGUGUGGACCCCAAGCAGCUGGCUGCAGAGUUGCAGAAAGUCUCCCAGCAGCAGGUGCCGUCCACAUCUACGUCAGCGCUGGAUAAGACCUCGGCGUCUGCCGGGUCCAGUGCGGUUCCGAGCCCAGGGCAACCCGGGUCUCCUUCUGUCAGCAAGAAACGCCACAGCAAGACAUCUGAGGCUGCAAAAACUCAGUCCUAUCCAGUGUCCGGAGAUAUCCAGCUUCAAAUAAAUUAUGACAAACAGCUGGGCAAUCUCAUCGUCCACGUUCUCCAAGCGCGAAAUCUGGCACCGCGGGACAAUAACGGCUACUCCGACCCGUUUGUUAAAGUUUACCUGCUGCCAGGUAGAGGUCAGGUCAUGGUUGUGCAGAAUGCCAGUGCAGAGAAUAAAAGAAGAUCCAAACACGCUCAGAAGACUCUGAACCCGGAGUGGAACCAGACGGUCAUCUACAAAAACAUACAUCUGGAACAGCUGAAGAAGAAGACAUUGGAGGUCAGUGUGUGGGACUACGACAAAAGCUCCGCCAAUGACUUUUUGGGAGAGGUGCUGAUUGACCUGUCAAACACUUCUCAAUUGGACAACGUCCCACGAUGGCUGCCUCUGAAGGAGCAGAGCGAAGGUGAACAUCAUCGUCGUUCUCACUCGGGACAGAGCCGCCAGCAUUCACCCAAACCUCCCGGAGGUCACGGAAGCUCACCAAAGACCUCCAGCCACAGCAAGGAAGACUCUCCAAAAUCCUCUGUUAUCAAGAGUCGUAGUCACGGCAUCUUCCCCGACCCUGCCAAGGACACGCAGGUCCCCACUAUUGAGAAAUCUCACAGUAGCCCCGGCACAUCCAAGCCGUCCCUCUCCGAGGGCCAAGCCCGUCCCCGCGGAGUCCCCCGUGCUCACGGCAAAAAUGGCACGGCCCGGGCACACCUUGACAAUGCCGCUGCGACGUCCGAAGCUGCCGGCCCGCAGCCUCGCCAGCAACCAACCCAAAAUGGCCGCCUCGACAAGAGGCAACACAGGCACAGCGUAGCCGGUGUGCUCACCGUUCAGACAGCCCCAUCCAAUGAGAUCCCUGCCGGCCGUCACCUGACCCUCAGGAAAGCCUUGUCGGAAGAGAGGCCGCAGCCGGACGGAGCAUCCCGCAGCCACCGAUCUGGUGAUGCUCCUGUUACUGCAGCCUCAUUGGACAGCGGUUUGAGUGGCAGUGCCUUCAGCCUAUUGGAUGAAGAGGGCGGGACCAAUGCAGUGGAUAGUGCCAUUUUCCAGGUUCCCAGAUUUAGCGGGAAGAUUCCAAACGGCACAGACGCGGUGAAAUCUGUUCAUGAAGACCCAGAGGGUAAAACUCAGGUGGUGGGGGAGAUCAAGAUCGCCCUAAAAAAGGAGAUGAAAACAGAAGGAGAACACCUGGUGCUUGAGAUCCUACAGUGCAGGAACAUCACCUACAAAUUCAAGUCUCCCGACCACUUACCAGACCUGUAUGUGAAGCUCUAUGUGGUAAAUGUGGCCACCCAGAAGAGGAUCAUCAAAAAGAAGACCAGGGUGUGUCGUCACGAUCGAGAGCCGUCUUUCAACGAAACCUUUCGCUUCUGCAUGAACCCAACUGGUCAUUCUAUUCAGCUGUUUCUGGUUUCAAACGGUGGCAAGUUCGUAAAGAAGACCCUGAUCGGCGAGGCCUACGUGUGGCUGGAUAAGGUGGACCUGCGGAAACGGGUGGUGAGCUGGCACAAGCUGCUGGCCAGCACAGCUCAGAUCCACUCCUAAACACGGCGUGUGGAUGAGGCGUAAGAAGAACCGGACCGGGAAGCGGAGUCUCACGUCUCCGCUAAACUCUUCGGGACUAAACUUAAGGUUGAAUUUCGAGGGCCGACACAGGGACGGACUUGGCUACUCAGUUGCACAGGCACGUGUGAUUGUGUUAACCCAAGACAUGGAGAAACAGGUGUAUAACAGUGUUUACCAGAAGGUGAUCUGAUCUGAGAGUUAGAAAACCCUCUUGCAGGUGCAGAACUGACCAUAACGUGUGUGUGCGUAGACCACGUUUAUAUAAAAGCAUACUUUUUUCACAAUCGCACUUACACUUUAAUUUAAACUUAUGUAUAUGAGUUGAGCUACAAUAGGGAGUUAGAUGCUAGAACGAAAGUUUAACUGUUUGUUCAUAUUAUUAUUUGACUUGUGGAGCCAAGUCAAUUGUUUGUGCAUCAAAUGAUAUAAGAAAUUAUAAUUGUCAUUAUUUACAGAUGACGGAUAAAGACAGAUAUCAUAUAUGUUAUUUUUAUAUGAUAGAGAUUAAUUUAGUUUAAGAUAUUUAUCACGGAUGCACCGAUAUAUCGGUUUAUAAUCGUUAUUGUCCAAUAUAAUCGGUGUUGGAUGGUUGUUUUAAAAAAGCCAAUGAUCGGGGGAGAUUAUAUCCUGGCAGAAAAAAUACAUCAGAACUCGGAGUAAAAAGCAAAAUUAUCGGUAUGUUUCGUUAUCGGUAGAGUAAGUAAUCGGAUUUCAGCCAUUUUGUAUCGGUGCAUCCGUAAUAUGUAUCAUUCUUUUCUCCAGAUGUGUUGACAGAACAGAUAUUUAAAUCAUAUUAUAAAUGGUCUAGAAGAGUAUUUUAUGGUAUAUUAUAUAGAUGGAUAUAAAUGAAUGAAAUAUGAUUUAUUGGGUGUUGUGAUGAUACGUUGUGCUAGUAUGGUAAUUCAUCCUUUAAGAUCACAGAAGAGGUUUUCUGUGUGAUACAACUAAUCCAUAAAAGUUCAAAUAAAGUCUCUUUUGUCCUGCUGAGCUAAAAACAGUGCAUUGUGGGAAAUUAAUAGGAUCGUAAGAAAUUGAUAGGAAAUCAAAAAGACCUGUUCGUUUGUUAUCUCAUUUGAUGAAUGUGACAGCAUAUGUAUAUCAAUCUCUAAUUCGAAGCAUCGGUUGAAAUGUUACAGUACAUGAUUUGCACUUUGUGUUUAGCAUCUUAAGAAUGUAGUGGCUGGUAGCUUUUUAAUUAAAAAUAGGCAUUCAUUCAUUACUGUCGAACAUAAUACACGACACACUCUUGGUUACUCAAGGUUUUGAGUUUAAAUAUAUCUCAUAAAUCUGAUACAAUUAUGUUUUAUUAUAAAACAAACUCUUAAACACUCAGGUUUUGAUGAGGCAUUUGUUAAUAGCCUUGUAAUACGUACAGUAAAUGUUAUUGGCUGAUCUUUGAUCUCAAAGGCAUGAUGCUUAGAUCAAGGGCGAUAACAAUGAGGAUCAGGGUGAUGACAUCACAAUUUAUUCAUUUAAUUUAAUCAAUUAUUGUGGAUAGCUGCAAUGAUCUUUUUAGUUUACAUAUUUGAAAGAUGCUGAGCACUUAAUCUCAUUCUUUACAAACUGUGUGGCCACCUCACCAUGCAAUGCCAUUAUUGUGAAUUUGUUUGUAUGAUUUUAUGCUUUUAAAUAACACAUAACCCAGAAGACUCAGUAUAGCUUUUCCAUGUCGGGCAACACCAUUCCUCUCAUAAUUAUCCAAGGUUAAGGGUUUGAGACCUAUAUAUAGUCUUAAACAUUUAACCUGUGCCAAACUACCAAAAUCCACAGGUUCUGUGUAUGUUAUUCUAUGCAAUUUAAAACGCAUCUAUCAUUAAGCGGUCCGAAAACAUGAAUAAGGACUCUUUUUUAUUUUUGUAUGCUUUUUUCACUUGAUGAAUAUUGUUUGUUUUUAUAUAUUUGGUUGUAUCUUUUGCUUAAUACUUGUUUGAUUUUUUUGCUAUUUUGAGUUCAUGUAACAAUGAGUAAAAAGGUGAUAUUAACCUACAUACACUAGUUAUUUAAGUGUACAUAAAUGUGACCAUAGCAGACUAGUCAUGUUGUGUUCGUCAUAGGCCACUGCAACUGUCCAACCACAGUGUCUAGAAAUACAAGCUAUCUGUGUUUACUCAAUGCACUAGCUAUAAAAAUGCUCAGCUUUCACUAUAUAUUCUGACCUGCCAGAAUGUGUGUUAUUCAUUUUUAUGUUUAUAGUUAGAUGCGAUUAAUGCAUAUAUAAAAAUCUGUCAUUUGAACAAAUAAUCAUUUAUUCAUUGUAAUCAAUGCAGCCUCCUUUGAAUAAUCAGAGCAUGCUCAAAUCUCACGUUCACCCCAAAAAAGUUAUUCAAUAAAAAGCCAUGUAAAUAAAAUAGUUUUCUUUUGUACAGAUAGGAUCUUCAAUUAGUUUUGUGGUUCAACAAAGAGCACGUGUGUGGGGAAAGGUACAGAGCGAUUGUGAAUUGAUCUGUGUGUUACAUGUUGUACAUGCACUAGAGUAAAAGCUUUUCCCAUACAAACCUCUGAUGAACUGGACUUGAUCUGCACCACAGACACAAAUUUAACCAUGUAUAAUAAUAAAGAACAGAAGCUGACCUUAUGCUGACUCGAGUAGAAUCAGGAAACGUGUGGUGUUUUCACUUUGGAUGUUGCAUGUUUUGUUGGUGGUUUGUUCAUACUAUUUUUGUGUCCAGAUUCUAUUUACAGACAGAAUAAAAAAUGACGAAAAGUCAAUCGGAUAUGUAUGCUGACUGUACAAAGAUAUGCUUGUAUAAUCUGUCUGGUUUUCCACUCAAUGUAAACUGAUAAAAAAUUUAACUGUCAUGGUUUUUGUGGUUGUACACAAACGGUAUUGAUAAAUUAUGCAAAUUGUGCUGUAAUAAAAGGCUAUUGCCCUAAAUCUAAAUAUUAAAUAAUAUAUGUAAAAUUC